GGGCUGUGGGGGUGGCUCUGAGGAUGGAUGGUCUGCAGGGAAGCCCUCCGCGUGUGGGGUCUCCGUCUGGGGAGGGACUCCUAAGGUCGCCUCCUGUGUGACGGAGGAGUCCUGUGUGGGGUCUCCGGGAAAGCAGUCUUUUGCGGGGGCAGCCAGCGCCUGAGCGGGGGCCUGAUCUCCCGAUGCAGGGCGGGCGGGGUGUCUGGAGCAGCCCUUGAGGGCCGCCCCUGCGCGUGUCCGAGUCCCUGUGUGGGGUCUCAGAGCUGGCGCCUGGGUUGGCGAUGCCAUGGUGCAGGCUCGUGGGGUCGGGGAUGGGGGCGUUCUCAGCGGGUCGCCGUGGCGUGUGGCGGGAUCCCUCACUGGGGAGUUUUUGGAGGGAUCUUUCAGAAGAGAGAAUAAUGGUCGAGUUCCCACGUGCCUGGUUGGGGGGCGGGACCUGAGCGGGCGCCAGGGGUGCCUGAGAGCAUCGAUUUGGGGGAAAGAGCAGGAAUACAUGGGAGGGACCUCGUAGGGGGGAAGUAACGGUGGGAUCUGCUUGGGGGAACAGAGAUGAAGGGGUCCGCAGUGCGUUGCCCCUUGUGUUGGGUCUCGGGGAGAUGGCGUCGGUGGGAGCCCUGAGGUCGCCCCUCCCCGGCGGCGGCGGCUUUCCCGGAGGGGCGUCAGGCAUUCCUGGCCUCCGGAGGGAAGGAAGCGAAACCUCCCUCUCCCCGCCGGCCCGCGUGGACGCUGGCCCCGAGGCCGCGGGCUCCUGCCGGGGCCCCCUCCCGCCCGGAAGAAGCCGGCCGCUGCGGGCACGGAGAGCCCCGCCCCUGUCCUUAUAUGGGCAGCCGGAAGCGGCUCGCGCGCCGGCCCUGCGUCAUUGCUUCCGAAUUUAGUUCUGGAAGUCUCGCGAAUGCUGUGGCGGGAAGGUUCCGCGCGAGAGUCAGCGGGGCGGAGCCUCCCCUUAAAGGGCCCGCGCCACGAAUGCUAUCCGAACAAGUUUGCAUCUUCUUUUUUUUUGGAGGAACUGGAAACAGGUUUUUUUGGAGCAUUAGCGCGUAGCGGAGGGCGGGGCCGAUGUUUUCAAUUUGUCUCUGCGUUGUUCAAGUUUCCAGCUCCUACCCUAGGCAUGCCUCCCGGGGCGCAAAGGCGGGGCACGGCAGCGUCGGCUGGUGGUGGCAACCACGUGUGCCCGCGGACGGGCGUGCGGCCGGCCGGUUCCUCCGCCUUGCGAGCGCCAAACCCACCCGUGGAGCUCGGGCCGAGGCAAACGGGGGCGAUGCGCAGUGCUGAGCGCAGAAACGGCAGCCCGGGCGGCGCUCGUGUUUGCAGACGUCCGCCGCCCGUGGAGUGGGCAGCUUUGCUCUGGAGCCAGCGGCGCUGCCUGCCUCCUUACUGCCUACAGACGAGGGGAGUGAGCAGGGCUGGCGUGCGCCGGAGAGACGGCAGAGCUGGAGGCCCCCGUGGUCCCCUUUCACCGCAGUGGCGCAUUGAUGCGUUUAGCAAAUAGUGAACGAGUCACUCCACCUCGGUUUCCCCACUUGGAGAAAUGAGGUCUAACGGUGCUCUCCGCGGAGUGGAGCUGAGGGGUCAAUGAGGUAUUUGCGAAAGGAAAGCCCUUAAAAGCACCUGGCACGUAAUAAACGCUGAAUAAGCGUUAGAAUCGUUAUUGAUUCAAACAUCAUCAGGCGCCUGCAGGAUGCUAGGAACUGCCCACGGGGGACGUACCGACUCCUACCCGGGUCUUCCCGGGUGCCCAGGGAAACUUGCCGCCUAUGACCCGCUGGGGCCGCCAGAGGCAAGCACGUGGGUGGGCCCUGGUGCCCACCCGCGGCCCCCUCUCCGGAGCCUGCGCGCGGGCGCAUUGGGGGGCUCCGAGAAAGGAGACACCCCCUCCUCCCCGAUGGCUCAGCGUGGACUGGGGCACGCUCCCCCUCGCCCGGGUUCCCGUCCCUUUGCUCCGCUCGGUAAAUUCCACCCUGUCGCUUUAAGGAGGCUGGAGCCUCGGCGCGCUGGAAAGCCCGGAUGCGGCUCUCUGAUUGGGCGGGGCGGCUCCGGGACUUCCCUCUGGGUAUAAAAGGGCCCGGGUGGCGGAGGCCGGGGCAGAGCGUCGGAGCGGAGUCCCGGCGGGGGGGUGGGCGCGAGCGAGAGCGGAGUCCCAAGUCCCGAGUGCACCUGCUCCCUGUCCCGCGCAGCCCGCGAGGCCCCGCCGUCGAGCCGCCAUGGAGGUGCAGAAGGAGGCGCAGCGCAUCAUGACCCUGUCGGUGUGGAAGAUGUACCACUCGCGCAUGCAGCGCGGCGGCCUGCGGCUACACCGGAGUCUGCAGCUGUCGCUGGUCAUGCGCAGCGCCCGGGAGCUCUACCUCUCGGCCAAGGUGGACGCCCACGAGUCCGAGCCGCCCCUGCCGCCCGCCCCCUCCCCUGACCCUCACCUGCACCCGCCGCGGGAAGCGCACGCCGCGGCCGAGGCAGCGGCCCCCGACGGCGAGCAGCCCUUCCCGGAGCCCAUGGACACGCAGGAGGCGCCGAGAGCCGAGGAGACCCCCGCCCGCUGUGCCCCGCGCCCCGCCAAAGUCAGCCGCAAGCGGCGGAGCAGCAGCCUGAGCGACAGCGGGGACGCUGGACUGGUCCCGAGCAAGAAAGCCCGUCUAGAGGAGGCGGCGGCGGAGGAAGGGUUCUCCUCGGAGCUCCGCGAUCGCCUGCAGCCGCCUCCGGCACAAGCCGAGGGCGCCUUCCCCAACCUGGCGCGCGUCCUGCAGCGGCGCUUCUCCGGUCUCCUGAACUGCACCCCCGCCGCGCCCCCGACGGCGCCCCCGGCGUGCGAGGCGAAGCCGGCCUGCCGCCCGGCGGACAGCAUGCUGAACGUGCUGGUGCGGGCCGUGGUGGCCUUCUGAAGGCCCCCGAGCGGCGCGAUCGGAGCCCAGAGCGCGGCCGUGCCGUCGGCCUGAGUGCGUGGCCCCGAGGCGAGGCCCGCCCCCGGGAGGGCGCCCGCGGAAACCGUGGAGAGGAGCCGCCGCCGGGGCUGCCGAGAGGCCCGGAGAGGGACUCUGUCCCCGGGGAGCCGUCGCCAAGCGCGUGCGGCGUUGGCGCCGAGGAGCCUGAGCCGGGGCGCGGGCGCCUUCCGCCGAGACCCGGCGCGCCGGCAGGUGUUGUCCGAACGCACCGGGACGUGGACCUCGGCCUCUCCUGGGACUGGGAGAAGGGAAGCCUGGUGUUUCAACUGCCCAGGGUCGGACUUGAGUUUUUCACUGGGGGCCGUGCUGCCCCUUCCACGUUUUUCGGUAGUUGGUGUUGGCGUCUCCGAUCUCCGAGAAUUCCUGGCCCGCCCCUCCCCCUCCAGUGACAUACUUGUGCAAGCGGUCACGGUUGCGUCAUGGGGCGGACGUGGGCGCUUCCUGUGGCCUUGCGGGGGUGUGGGGCCUGGGAGGAGGGUCUGGGGUGUGGCCCGCCCUGGGGGAUGGGAGGCGGGCGGCCUGAGUCAUGCCGCUCCCGCCUGCUGCUGGUUCGGCCCCGCGCCCCUGCGCCUGCGGCGGUGGUGGGGGCUGCUGUAAUUGCAGGCCAAACUUUUUCUCUUCGGUUGCGUUAGACGUGGGAAGACGGUCACAGUCUCCAGCGUGACCGUCCCUCGGACACACCGACACGAUCAACCUAGACGUUCCUGGUCUGAAUCACAAAUGGAGAGGGGUGGGUGUUAGGGCGCUGUCAGGCCGGACCGGGCCCGGUCUCUUGUGAGCCCGGGCCAGUUUGGGGACGGGAGAGCCUUGUCAGCGCGUCUGAGGGUCUGUUUACCCGUUUACUCUGGUGGAUUCUAACUCCAUCUAUCUGGUCUUUUGCUAGGAACGCCAGAUAGACAAAUAAAGACCAUUUGAAUCAAAA